AUGAAAAGAGUCUUGUGUGAUGAAAGUGAAUCCAAGAAUCUUGAUGCAACAAGUGAUGAUGACUUGACGAGGCAUCACGAUGAAAUUAAAAAGAGAAAAAUUAGUAUCGAGUUAUCAUCGGCUCUAGAACAUGAUUCAAAUCCAGUGAAAGUACUUUUAAUUGAUUUUGUAAUGAACAAGUGUGGAGAACUACGAUCAUCGGAAGCCAGCAAGUUAAUCGAAAACAAUAAUAUAGGAAUUGGACGUUUAAAGCACAAAUUGAUGAAUCAACGACUUGAGGCAUUCUCCUUACAAUUCAAUCUCAUAAACACAAUUGAAAAGUUAUACAGUCCUCUCGAGAUCAAAAUUUCAAACAAUCACCAUUGUAUUUUGAUUUGUGAUUUUGAUGUAUGUGCCAUACGUGUUUAUGACUUGAAAACGUUAGAGUUCCAAUCAUUGUUACCGUUUGCACCGAAUUAUUUCUGUAUUGAGGAGGAUUACAAUGGGCGUGGAAACGAUGCUCUUGUUUUACCAGUUGAUGACACACGAGUUCACAAAUAUGAUUUGAGAGCAUUAUUUCGUCACUGCUCAGAGACAAGUUCCAACUGCAACCCUAUUUGGCAAACAGAACCAAUACAUGGUGUCACAGGAGUGGCUAUUUUGGUGAAUUCACAAACCAGGACGGAAAAUCAAGUCUUUGUUUGUGACACCUUGUUACAUUGUAUUCACAUAUUUCGCUCAAGUUCAGGAGAUUUUAUUAGAAAAAUUAAUGUGAAUCAUCCAACAAGUAUUGCGUUCACAUUGAAUGGAGACUUGAUCGUUUCUGAGGCAUUCAUAGCUCAAAAGGUAUCCAUUAUGAGCAGAAACGCAGAAAACGACUGGGUUGUUAUCAAACAAAUGGGAGAAAAGAAAAGCCACACACUAGGUGAAUUCUUUUUCCCAGUGUCUGUCAUGUGUGACAAGGUAACCAACAAUUUCCUUGUGGUCGACUGUCUAAACAAUCGUAUUCAAGUAUUUUCACAAAAUGGAGUUUUUAUCAAAUGUUACGACCAACUUAAUAAGCCAAGUUCUGCUUGCAUGAAUCAAAGAACUGGAGAAUUAUUUGUAUGUGACACUGGAAGUCAAAGAGUAGUGAUUUUCAAAUAA